AUGAUCUAAAAGUGUAAGCAAGGCCUCAAAUUAAUUGAUAUAUUUGGAUAAACUAUUAAUCUAAGCUUUAGAUAGGAAGAAUAAUAUAAAACAAGCAUAGGAGGAUUUCUAUCUAUUUGUAUGAUUGCUACCAUCAUCAGCUUCUUUUAUUCAAAUAUCAUUAACUUUUUCGCCAAAUUAAAUGUAACAUCUACAUCAGAAUUCAAAUUUGCUAACAACCCCGAUAACUUGAUAUUGGAUAAGUCCCACUUUAUGUUUGCUGUUUAGAUUGAACAAGAUAAUUUUACUACAAAUCCUUUCUUCAAUAUUACAGUUGAAUAGCGUCAUUAUCAUAGAUUUCCAAAUGGAACACAAUAUCGAUACCCAAAUAUAUUAAUUGACUUAGUACCAUGUAAAGUUGAGCACUUUGCACAUCUAUUCGAUUAGUACAGUGUCAAUUUUACAGAUUAGUUUGAAGAGUAAAAUUUAGGAAAUUUCUUAUGUCCAAAUCUUAACUUUAUUCAUAGUCAGAAUAUGACUGUGGGAGGAGUAUGGGCAAGCACAGACUAUUAUUUCUUGAAAUUUUCUGUAACAAAUUGCAUAAAUUCAUCAAGUAGUAAUCUAACAUGGAAGCCCACGUGUAAAACUACCGAUGAAAUUAAGAAUACUUUGAAUUCUUAAGGUAGUUUUCGAUUUCAAGUUUUUACAACCAACUUUGUAUUUAUUAAUACAUAUUAUAUAUUAGUUAAUCAAUCCAAAUAGACCUUAAGAUUAUGUUUAACCUUUUUUAGCAACCGAUUAAUUUUAUACAUUCGUACCAGAUAAAAUGUUCGUUUAAUCCGAUAUUUUUUUUCGAACAAAAAAGGUAACUACAGAUUAAGGAAUUCUCAUGUAUCCAGAUAAACAGAAUGAAACAUUUGCUUUUAGAGAUUAUGGUGAUUAAAGAGAACAAUUUGAAAUAUCCAGAAUAACUCCAAAUUAUUAUGGAGCAUUUUAUUUUUAAAGAAGUCCAUAUUCAUAUCAAAUCAAUAGAAAAUUCUUACGUUUGGAUGAAUUAUUAAGUUAUUUAGGAGGUUUCACUUAGUUUAUGAUUGUGGUUGUAGGAAUCCUAGUAAGAUUUUACAAUAGAUAACAUUUGAUUGUUUCUAUAGCUAACGACCUUUAUGAAUUUGAUAUGGGUUUGAAUAGAGCUAAUACUUAAAUGAAUUUUAAUAGCCUAUUAGAAAAGAAAGAGAGAGUCAGAGAAAUAGGAAAAUAAAAGACUUAGAGAAAUCAAUAAACACUACCUAAAAUUUAAAUUAUGAAUACUUUUUAAAACAAACCAGAAAUGUUACAAAAUACAACUUCAGCAAAAGAUAAUUCAUAAAGGAUUGAAAAUAAAUUAUCAAUAGAAUUUGUAGAUCCUAAAAUAUAGAGAGUAUAAGGAAGAUUAAGUGUUCUUAAAGUGAAAGCAUUUGAGUAUUUUGAUGAUUUUAGAGAAUUUAUAAAAAAGAAGUAUAUUAUUGGUUUAGGAUUUCGAGUGAUUUUGAGUUCAAUAUUCCCAAUAGAAUCUAUUAAAAAUGAUGAUUGUAGAGUACUUAAAAGAGCAAUGUAAUAUUUAUAGGGUAUGUUAGUGAUUAAGUGAAUAAGGAGUUAGAUAUUGAAUAUAUUAUCAAACAACUUCAUGAACUAACAAAAUUAAAGAAGAUUUUAUUUAGUGAAGAAUAAAUUACAUUAUUUAAUUUCAGUAGAAAACCUAAAAUUGCAUUAAUAUAAGAAGGGAAAAAACGAAGAUCUACAAAGUAAUACUAUAAUUAAAUAUAAGGUUUAUAGUUAAUGGUUCUAUUUCACCUGAGGAAUAAGGAUUACUUAGAUAAUUUAAUGAUUUAGUGACUUCAUAUUAAAAAAUCAUGGGUUUGGAUUCUUAGAAUUAAACUUAAGAAUAAAUAAGAUUUAAUUAAAGAUUGAUUAUAUUGUUAGGAACUGAAUUAAUGAAUGUUUUAGAGAAGGAGAUUACUUAAUAAUAACAUUUGGAUUCUGAAAAUAAUGAAAUUAUAAAAGAAGAAGAAAAUCUAAUAAGUGGUGGAGAAAUUGAAAGUAAAGAAUGA